AUGCAGACUACACCGUUCCAUGUACACAAUGACUACAGAAAACUAUGAUGGUUAUACUCAUGUUCAUAACCUUCAGGAAAAGGCCUUAAAAGAAGACACGACCGAAGAAGAGUUAAAAGAAGUAUAUGCCGCUUGGAGCAAAACGUAUGAUAAGGUGAGAAGUUCGUUUCAGACGAGAUUUUUCAGUUUUGAGACGGGUCUUAUUAAAUACUGCCUGGAGCGCCCAGUGUCAAGCGAAAUUUCUGACCAACCGUGACGGCUCAUACGACGCUUACUAAAUACAUGACUAUAGGUCGAAAACAUUUUUUUAAGAGUUAAUUACUGAGAAUCGAGGCAUUUAGCAAAAUACAGCCGCCCGAAGGCUGUAUUUGUAUAAAUAUAUUCGGCAUUUUACUUCAAACCGUUUCAAGUGAGAACUAGUAUGUUAUACAUAAUUGAUAAUGAUUGUGAUCUGUAGCACUCGGGCCAGAUGGCCUUUUAUUAGCUGAUAUUGUGAAUAGGCUACAGUCUACAGAGUCAGAGAUUACGUGCAGGUCAGCUAAAAACAAGCAAAAGCCAUUUUAAACGUUAGGCCACAUAAAAAAAAUAAUAGUUGGUUAGCGUCCUUAGCUUUUGCCAAAAAGUGGGCGGGCGGCGCUUUUUUUUUUAAAUUUUUACUCACUUUUAACGCCUUGGUUUUAGGUCCGAAACUGGAUUUUCUUGCGCAGUACAGAUAUUUUUUAUAUAUUUCAAAAUAUGAUUCAUACCGUCAUUUUCGCACGCAAUUUCGCAACUUAUUAACACAAUUGACUACAGUCAACAGAAAUACUACAUAUAUUAGAGCCCGUUGAUCAAUAAAAGUUGGGUUUUUUUAAAAUAAAAAAUAAAAAAAAAUCCUGAGCGGGGCCUUUUUUGUGGGCGGGCGAGGACGCUAACCAACUAUUUUUUUAUGUGGCUUUAACCAUAUCUCUGCUUUUUCACAUUCAGAAAGAUCUCUGACUCUGUGUAUUAGUACUGUAUUAGUAUACGAAAAAUAUUACUGAAAAACAGCUUGGAAAAUAUUCUUCGAAGGAACCCGUGUUGUUGUAGCCGGCAGUUGCGAAAUUUGUGAUUAGAUGUAAAUUAUGCACAUCAUUUGAGCAUGUGCAGAACUACGAUAAUCAUGUAUUUCGCAUUUCAGGAAUUGCGCGUGACACCGGACAAUCACCUAAUACCAGUUCGACUGUACCGUAUUUUUAGGAUAUGUGUAUAAAUCUCUCGUACAACGGGCCAGCUGUAGCAGCGGAACAAUUUACACAAACACUGAAAGAAUUUGGAUACACCAACGAUACCCGUAUUCUAGAUCUCGGCUGCGGCACAGGAUUGGUCGGUGAAGAACUAAAGAAACGUGGUUAUAAAAAUAUCGAUGGAGUAGACCUAAUGCCGGAGAUGCUGGAGGUUGCAAAAGCAAAAUGUAUAUAUGGAUUACUACAACAAGGUUCGAUGGGGUCUCCAGAGUGCAAGGAUCUGGGUAUUGGCGCGAACCAAUACGAUGUCGCCAUUUGCGUGGGUGUCUUCACACUCGCACACGUGAAAAGCGAAGGCUUUGACGACCUUGUGCACGUGGUCAAACCGGGGGGAUUGGCGUCGUUUGCCAUCAGAGAGCUAGCACUGAAUGCUCCGCAAUACGGAUAUCGUGAAAAAAUGGAUCAACUUUGCAAAGAGGGAAAGUGGAAAUUCGUCGCAAAGCACCACGAAGCGGCUUACCUUUCAGAUGACACUGCGGGUGCAUGGUUCUUUGUGUAUCAAAUAUUGUGAGAAUAUAAAAGUAGUAAGUCCUAUAUGUAAUGAUGGAAUUUUUGUUGAAGGUUGA